AUGACUUCUUCAACCUUACAAACUCUAAGCGGUUCAUGUUUCUGUGAAAACGUUCAAUUCAGCAUAGAUAUCACCAACAAAGCUCAAAGCUCAAUCGAUUCAGAAACUAGCGAGAACUCAAUCAAAACCAUUCCAGAAAACUUAACAUUAUCAGCUUAUUGUCAUUGUACAAACUGUCAACGUUUAAAUGGAUCUCCAUUUGUUUGGACAACUCAUUGGAAACAAGAAUCGUUAAAAUGGUUAAAUUCAACUAUGAUUCCUUUUAAACAUUUAGAAGAAGGUAUUUCAGAUAAAUUAGAUAUUUAUGAAUCUAUGCCUGGUAGGAAAUUCAAAUUACGUUGUAAGAACUGUGGUUCACCGGUUGGUUCUUAUAGUAUUGUUAAAAAAGAAUGGACUAUUUGGGGUACUACACUUGAGCGGUUUAAAUCUAAUGAAAAGUCUGCGAAUGAUUCGACUUCGAAUAUCAAAGGAUGGGAAUUCAUUAAACCUGAUACACACAUUUUCUAUGGUACUAGAAUCCUGGACGUGGUAGACAAAUUGAGCAAAUGGGCUGGCUAUGAAGGAGAAAGCGAGAAAUUAGGUUGA